CGACGGCGGAGGACGCCGGCGCGCGGGAUUCUCACAUGACGCUGCGCCCGAUGCGGUAUCGCUUCCGGUGCGGGAGCGUGUAUCUGGGACCCCGACCCCCGUGUAAUGCCACACCGAGCGGGCGAGCGCCCCCCUCUGCCUAGUCGGUCUGUCGGUGGUUGUGGUUGUGGUUGUGAUUAUGGUGGCGGCGGUGGUGGCAGGCCGGACGAAGGUGUGGCCAGCACAGCACAGCACAGCACCAGCACACACAACCGAGGCAGGCAUUUGCCAUUGUCAGGCCGCUUGUCAGGUGUUAGUUCACGGAACGGGACCUCCAGAACUCUCUCUGAUCCUCCAGUUGGUUUGUACCUGUAUGUACGAGCCCUUCGCAGUAAUACCAGCCAGCACGUUUUCGGCACGUUGUACAUGGCGAGCGUCUUAACACCUCCAUGUACCCUUGUCUGCACGGCAAGCCCUGCAUCCAAUAACAGACAGACAGACACGGCUGCAUCGGAGCUUCUUGGCCAGCCGUCGUCGUCGUCGUCGUCGUCGUCGCCUUGCCCUGCCGUGCCGCGCCCUUGGACCAAGGGUGCCGUAUCUGUACAUGGAUACAGUAGGUAUACUAAUAUGCAUAGUAUCCGUGCCAUAGAUUUUGUAGACGCGGGAGUCUCAUCUCUUCCUCUCUGUCUCUUCUCCCCCGCUCCUCGACCAACGGAUUGCUUCAAUAUGAGCGAUAGAAGGAGAGACCCUGGACUUACAUCCGGUCCGGAACCCUGCCGCCGUCCUACCUUUCGCCAACCCCCAACCGAAUCCCGUCCGUCUCAAUGCUUGUGGCCAUCGGAGCUUAUGCAACUCUCGCACCGCCUCUUGACAAUGCACCUCGCAGCUGACCGAUCAAAGUAAUAACCAACAAAUAAGAGUGGCAAUAACAACAACAGCAGCAGCAGCAGCAGUAGCAGCACCAAUACUCGACCUCGUUCCCGGUAGUUCCGCGUCUGCCUCCGUCUCCAAGUCAACGGGGCCGCCGCCAACUCAGCGUCACGGCAAUCGCCAAAUCUCAUCCGGCCUGGACAGUCCGGUGCACCGCCGUCUUGGAUCCCAUCCUCCUCCUCCUCCUCCUCCUCCUCCUCCUCCUCCUCCUCCUCCUCUUCGCG